UUUUUUUUUUUCUUUCUUUCUUUUCUCCUUGCACUUUCAGAAGUUACUUUCUCCACCAUAGCCAGGGUUUCCAUCUUCCAUCAAACCCCCCAAAACCCUUGAAUUUUCCAAAACCCAGAUGAACUGAAAGCUAGGGUUUUCCAAUUCCCACUGCAAAACCCAUCAUCCUCUUCCCACCGAUCAAACAAUGCCGAAAAACGACACCGUCCGCUUCACUUCCUCUUCCCUCAGAAUCCCUCUCUCUCCUCUCUCUCACCACCACCACCACCACCACCACCACAAACAAUCCCCACCUCGCUUCUCCACCUUCCAAUUCAACCCCCAAACCCUAAUAUCUUCAGCUCUAGCCAGAACCAAGUCCACCAUCGACCAAUUUGUCAAAAACUUUAAUACCCAAAAAAGAACUCAUCCCUUCCUAUUCAAAUCCUCCCUCUUGUGCUCUGCCUCGCUGGCUCUGACCAAGCCUGACGAGCCGGCUUCGUCCGAUGCCGUGGUGGCUCAGCCCAAGGGCGGCCACUCGGCGGCGGCAGGGCGGCACGAGGAGGAGAGGGUUUUGAUAAGUGAGGUGUUUGUGAGGAAUAAGGAUGGGGAGGAGUUGGAGAGGAAGGAUUUGGAAAACGAAGCCGUCGCGGCGCUCAAGGCGUGCCGGCCUAAUUCGGCCCUGACGGUUAGGGAAGUGCAAGAGGAUGUUCAUAGGAUUAUUAGUAGUGGGUACUUCUGUUCUUGCAUGCCCGUCGCCAUUGAUACGCGGGACGGGAUUCGGUUGGUAUUUCAGGUAGAACCAAAUCAAGAGUUUCAAGGGUUGGUAUGCGAAGGUGCUAAUGUUCUUCCAGCGAAGUUUAUAGAGGAUUCUUUUCGUGAUGGAUAUGGAAAAGUUGUUAAUAUAAGGCGUUUAGAUGAAGUAAUAGAUUCCAUCAAUGGCUGGUACAUGGAGCGAGGCCUUUUUGGCUUGGUUUCUGGUGUAGAGAUUCUUUCUGGGGGUGUUAUUAGGUUACAAGUUUCUGAAGCUGAGGUCAACAAUAUCUCCAUUCGUUUCCUUGAUCGGAAGACCGGUGAGCCUACUGUAGGGAAGACAAAGCCAGAAACAAUACUUCGACAACUUACUACCAAGAAAGGACAGGUGUACAGUAUGCUUCAAGGGAAGAGGGAUGUUGAUACUCUUUUAACAAUGGGUAUCAUGGAAGAUGUUAGUAUUAUUCCCCAGCCUGCUGGAGAUACUGGUAAGGUUGAUCUUACAAUGAAUGUUGUGGAACGUGUAAGUGGAGGCUUUUCUGCUGGUGGUGGGAUUUCAAGCGGGAUAACAAGUGGCCCUUUAUCAGGACUGAUUGGGAGCUUUGCAUAUUCACAUCGAAAUGUUUUUGGGAGAAACCAAAAACUUAAUGUUUCAUUAGAGAGAGGGCAAAUUGACUCGAUAUUUCGAAUAAAUUACACAGAUCCGUGGAUUGAAGGAGAUGAUAAGAGGACAUCGAGAUCAAUCAUGAUUCAGAAUUCAAGGACCCCUGGCACGCUUGUUCAUGGAAACCAACCUGGCGACAGUAAUCUGACCAUAGGCCGGGUCACAGCUGGCAUUGAAUUCAGUCGACCAUUCAGGCCAAAGUGGAGUGGAACUACUGGACUUAUUUUCCAGCAUGCUGGUGCUCGUGAUGAUAAAGGGAAUCCCAUUAUUAAGGACUUCUAUAGCAGCCCGCUCACUGCAAGUGGUAAUACCCACGAUGAUACCUUACUCGCUAAAUUUGAGAGUGUCUACACCGGUUCUGGUGACCCUGGAUCUUCAAUGUUUGUAUUCAACAUUGAGCAAGGACUUCCUAUAUUGCCGGAAUGGCUGUUUUUCAACAGACUUAAUGCUCGUGCAAGGAAGGGUUUAGAUAUAGGCCCUCUUCGCUUUCUUUUGAGUUUCUCUGGCGGUCAUGUGGUUGGCAAUUUCUCCCCUCACGAGGCAUUUACAAUUGGUGGGACAAACAGUGUGAGGGGUUACGAAGAAGGUGCAGUAGGGUCAGGGCGGUCUUAUGCAGUUGGCUCUGGAGAGAUUGCUUUCCCACUGUUGGGACCUGUGGAAGGGGCUGUAUUUGCUGAUUAUGGAACUGAUCUUGGAUCCGGUCCAACCGUGCCUGGUGAUCCUGCUGGUGCAAGGCUAAAGCCAGGAAGUGGAUACGGGUAUGGAUUUGGUAUGCGGGUAGACUCUCCUUUGGGGCCUCUGCGACUUGAAUAUGCCUUUAAUGACAAGAAAGCUGGGAGGUUUCACUUCGGAGUUGGUCACCGCAAUUAGGGAGAACCUUACAUCCACCUAUCUGUGAUAACCAUGUAUGUAAUUCUGUUACAUUAGAAAUUUUUGUUGUUUUAGGCGUUUUGAGCUGCUUUUUGUUCUGUAUAUUCAUACGUGCAUGUGCCAGGCAAAUUGUUUCGAUCCUUUGUCGGUGGUUUUUUGUGAGUUUUUUUCCCCCAGUUCUCCUAGAACAAAUGAUGUCAGUCUCUGUUUGAUUAAUUUAUUAGUUCAUGAAUUUCAUUCA